GUGACGACGACGAUGAUGAGGACGCGGAGGACGCGGAGGAGAAGCUGCCAUCUUGUCUGGAUUACGUCAUGCACUUUCUCACACUGUUCUGGAAACUUCUGUUUGCUUUUGUACCGCCUACAGACUACCUCGGUGGCUGGGCCUGCUUCGUGGUGUCCAUCGCCCUGAUCGGUGCACUGACCGCGGUCAUUGGAGACCUGGCCUCCAGCUUCGGCUGUACUGUGGGGCUCAAGGACUCUGUGACCGCCAUCUCCUUUGUGGCUCUGGGGACUAGUGUUCCAGACACAUUCGCCAGCAAAGUGGCGGCCAUCAACGACCGAUACGCCGACUCCUCCAUCGGUAACGUCACGGGCAGCAACGCGGUCAACGUUUUCCUGGGGAUCGGCAUCGCCUGGACUAUCGCCGCCGUCCACCACGCCAUCCAGGGCCGGGAGUUCAGGGUCCCUCCGGGCGAGCUGGCCAUGUCGGUGACCGUCUUCUGCGUGAUGGCCAUGCUGAGCAUGAUUCUGCUGGUGCUUCGACGGCGGCCGUCUAUAGGCGGGGAGCUGGGCGGGCCCACCAAGUACAAGAUUCCCACCACCAUUAUCCUUGUGAGCUUCUGGCUGAUCUACAUCUUGCUCUCCGCGUUCACUUCUUACUGCUAUAUUCCCAGCUUCUAAGGUAAAAUACGACGUAUAAUAAAAUUAUGAUGAGUGAAAGAUGUGCGGAGAAUUUUUUCUUUUUCCAAGUCCAGCUAAUAUCGUGUGCUGGAAUAUUCUCUACGGGAAAAAAAAGGAUAUUAUGAUCAGAGAUGCGUGAGGUAAUAUACACGCUGGCAAAGAGGAGGUGUGUACUGAACAGAGUUGUGAUAUAGAUGCCAGCGAAGUAGCCCCCCCCCCCCCCCCAACCUAUUUAGAACUUUGAGAAAUGUGUAUGAGAUUUAGAAAGGGAAGCCAGUCUAGGCUGAGGGUGGACCGUCUCCCCAGUAGUUUGUCUGUCACUGGUGCACAGAUUUACCAACAUUUACUUUUGUUGUUACAGCGCAGAUGACUGCAAGUUUGAUCUGCUUGACUGUCUCAGCAAUGGUUGAUUUGGAAGCUGCUCACUUACUCUUAAUAUGUGAAUACCGUAACACUUUGUCGCCUGAAGGCUCAUAACAUUGUAAAAACUCUUGCCACCUAAGGUAAAAGUAUUUGGGGGAAAAUCCAAAGAAACUGGGUUGUAGACAUCGCCGAUUGACGAGAUGAGAAGUGUUUUUUAAAUGCUCGUACAGGUACAAAGUGUUGGUAUUUGAUGUGUAUAGCUUCAAGAGACUGUUACUUUACAACUACUUUCCUCGUUCGAACAAUUUUUCUGCCAUCUUUUGUAGGGUUUGGAGAGUAUGAUCCAAACUAUGAAUGAAAUAUCAGGUGAACUUGGAGCUAAAGAAGGGAUUUUGUACAAAGCACUGAUGCUGGUUGUACUGGUACAAAAAUGCUCUACUGUCGUUAUGUAACGAGUGCCAAAUGUUUCUGGAAUUGUCUUACUUUUGUUCAGAGGCAGUUGGACAAUGAAAAGGUGAAAAUUUACGUGAUUUAUUUAUAAAUUCUUUUAUUUUUAUUUUUAUUUUUAUUCUGAAGGGUCUAGGGUCUAGAGGCAAUAAUUUGGGGUCAUUUUUUAUAUUUGAGAUGAGUUUUUAUUCGUUGAUAACUUUUAUUGAUCCUUCUACUUUUUUCUGCACAUGUAGAUAAUGCCAGCUGUUUUGAGAGGUUGAAAAGAAGUGUAGGGCUGUCGCUGUGAAAGGAGGAAAGUUGGAUGGUGAAAAAAUGCUUUUGGUAUGAUCUGCAUUUUCAUAUGCAUAAAAUAUGUGAUAUUAUCAUGUGUCCCCUCUCCGAUUUACUAUUUUGACACUGCUUGGUUCUUUAAAAAAAUUGAUCUGUAUUUGCUUACACAAUUUCAUUUUUAAAAAGAACUGUCAACUACCUUUCAGCAAACUUUAGAGAAAAAAAUAAAUAAAGAUGUGAAAAGUCUCUUCUAGUAAAUUGUAUUUAUUUCACCUUAACUGUCAUAAAGGUGCCUCAUUUGUCAUUUUUAGAAUUCUCUUUCCUCACAGAACGCGGAAAGUUUUUCAUUGUGAAACUCAAGGCAUCUACCUCAAUCGUUAGCUUAUGCAUUGGAUAUUUUUUCAGGUGAAACUGUGAUUUAAUCAGUUUGUGUCCGGAUCUCUUUCAGUUUCUAAGAGCAGAGCAAUUUUUGUGUGAUUUUUUUGUCAGCUUGGACGUGGCUCGCCGCGCCAUUUUGUUUCGAGAAAACAUUUUAGCUUCAAAAUUUGAAUUGCUCAAAUGACAUUAGGUGAUAAUGCACUCAUUCACUUCUUGCAAACAGAGCACAGCAUUUAGAGGAAAUCAUUACAAUAAAUAUGACUGAACUGUUCUAUUCAUGUUGCAAUACAUUGCUAUGCAUUCUUAUGUGAACAUUAUUUACUGUUUAUCGACUUGCUGCAAAUGAACUUAGCUGUAGAAUCUCCUCUUUGUCUCCCCAAUAGUUUGGCUCUAUUGUCAAUGAGUGUCUUUUAGCUAGGGAAAUGGUGGAACUGAGCAGAGAAUUAUUAUUGGAGUAGAAAUAUGGAAAAUUGGCUAGGAAACAGUCGAGUUCGAAACAUGGCAGAAAGGUUUUGUUUUUCUUACACGGUAAAGAAAUUGCAAAAUAAAAAAGGAAAAAUGUUCUAAAGGAAGGAGAAUACUGAAUUAGUUCACUAUCGUACGUUUGCUUCCCGACAAUCUUUGCCAGAGUGAAACGUUAUACGAAGGUCCAAAGAAUAAUGCCGCCCAAAGGCAGAAUGACAUUGGCUAUCUGCACAUUUCUUGAUUUGAGAAAGAUGAAAAA